AGAAAAUCUCGAUUCCUCACAGAGCGCCCCCGGAGAAGAGCGGUCUGCUGCCCCCUUUGGACGCCGAGACGCGCUUCGUCCAGAGCAGGCUCUCCCUUGCUCAGCCUCCACGCCAUUUGAUCACCGUCGAGCAGUCCCUCAGCAUGAUGAGAAAGGGAGGCAUGGCCGGCACCCUGGGCGGCGCGCGCAAGAUGCGCGACGCGGCCCUCGCCGCCGUCGCGGGCCUUUUUUUGUUAGGCGCGCUGGCCGGGGGCAGUCGUCGGACAAGUACAGAACUCAUGUCCGUGGCCUACGGCCUGCUGCCCAUUUCGGAGCGCGUCAGCUUCUCGCAGGCCGCGGCGCAGUGCCCGGUCACCGAGAGUGUCCGAGCGGGCGUCUGGGCCGCGGUCUGCCCGACGGGCGACGAGCUCAUGUGGUGCUCGCGCAUGGCGGACGCCGUCGUUGAUGAUGUUGUCGACGCGACGAAAUGUGAGGACGACACAACGUGUCGGGCGAUGGCGGCGUCGCCCUGCGCCGUGGCGUGCACCGGCGCGCUCGACUGGUGGGAGGUGUGCUCGUGGCAGGCCGUGGCGCGCUUCGACGACGUCUGCGCGGGGACCUUCGUGCCGACCGCGCCGGACGCGGCGCCGGUCGAGGGCGCGCUCUACGUGCCCCUCGCGGACGACGGCCUCGACAGCUGCGACUCGUACGCCUUCUGCGAGGCGUGCAUGUCGUCGGUCGACGCGCGGCAGUCGUGCGCGUCGCGCCUGGCGCUGACGGGGGGCGUCGUCGUCGCCGAGAUCGACGGCGUCGCGAAGGAGGGCUACAAGCACGGCGGCACCGCGGCGACGGCCCUCCUGCUGAACGCGGCGGAGGUCUGCUCUGCACGGCGAUUAAGGCGUCGAUAGGAGUCGGCGCGCUAACUUCCCCUUGUUUGAU